AUGCCCUGCGGGAGAAGGCCAAAACCUGGGCGGCCAAGUUCCGUCCCCAACAAAGCUGGGGUUUGCCGUUCCUUUCCCCGCGUCGUGGUCUUUGCCCCUCUGAAGUACCAGGGAUUGGGUAUCCCGCAUCCUUUCGCCCUUCAAGUCUUCCACCAUCUCAGUGUUCUAAUGCGCCAUUUGGCCAACCGUACCAAGACCGGCCAGUACCUGGAGGCCAACCUACAGUCCCACCAACUCGAAACGGGCACCUCCUUUCCCCUUCUUCAACAAGAACCCACCAACACCGGGAUCCUUGCCUCCGAAACAUGGCUCAAACGGGUUUGGAUCGAGCUCGACUCAUUGGGCAUCAGAGUCGAGAUCUCCUCCCCUCCCUUGUCCCUACACUGUGCCAACGAUCGUCUCUUGAUGGACAUCUUCAUCGAUGCCUUGGUCGGCCAAGAGGACUUGCUGUGGCUCAACUGGUGCCGCCAAUAUCUCCAAGUCACCACCCUCUCGGAACUCACCACCGCCGACGGUUGUUCCCUGACGGCAGCUUCUCUUGCCGGCCACCCCUCCGGACACUUUGUGGCCAGCUAA